UGAGCGACAGCGGCAAGGAACCAAAACUCCAUUGGUGACAGAACGGAGAAAAAACCUUCAAGCUAAAUUCCAAAAGUGCAAUAAACUUAAUGCAUGUCGCGACUUUAAUGCAUCACUUAAGUUGCAAUUGUAGAGGGUUGCGGAAUACAAUGGCUUUCACGCAUUCGCUCUUCACAGCCUAAAAACUAUCAGGGAGUCCAUAAACCUGCGCUAACUGAUCCAGGACAGCGUCGAUUUUCCCCGUUCUUGGAUGAAGUAUGCUGAAGAGCCGCUGUUGCGUUCUCUUCAGUGACCUCAAGGUGUUUCUGCUCGGGCCACAGGCUCCUACAAACCCCAUGAGCGGACAAACGGCCAGAAUCAGCCCGUUUUCCUCGGAUAACAACAACACGUUACGAGCCCACCGGCUCCGGCACUGGAGUACCCCGUCCACAGAGGACGCUGAGGCGGCUGCGGACGGAUCCUGGACCGGCGCCGCGGCGGAAGAGUUCCCCAAGGACCGGAGGGAUGACAGAUUAUCCUUCAUCAGCUAUGCAGAAGGAACCCCGGUGUGCAGGAUUUGCUUCCAGGGGCCGGAACAGGCUGAGCUGCUGAGCCCGUGUCGCUGCAGUGGCUCCGUUCGCAGCACUCAUCAACCGUGUCUCAUCAAGUGGAUCAGUGAAAGAGGCUCGUGGACCUGUGAACUCUGUUACUACAAGUAUCAGGUGAUCGCCAUCAGCACCAAGAACCCGCUGCAGUGGCAAGCGAUUUCGCUCACCGUCAUUGAGAAGGUCCAGAUAGCAGCGGCGAUCUUGGGUUCGCUCUUCCUCAUCGCCAGUAUCUCGUGGCUGGUGUGGUCGUCUCUCAGCCCUUCAGCCAAGUGGCAACGGCAAGACCUGCUCUUCCAGAUCUGUUACGGGAUGUACGGCUUCAUGGAUGUCGUCUGUAUCGCUCUAAUUGUCCACGAGGGCCCGUCCGUUUUCCGUAUAUUCCACCGCUGGCAGGCCGUCAAUCAGCAGUGGAAAGUUUUAAACUACGACAAGAAGCGAGACAGCGAGGAGCUGAAGAAUAAUGAGGAAUGGACGCGUUCACUGCUCCACCAGAGGGAUCCAUCAGGAGCGGACGUCUCUCCUUCACCGUCUUCACUCAUGGCUGCUGCUGGGACGCCGGCACUCCACGUGACCGACGGCACGACAAACACAAACACCACAGCUGCAGCGCAGGACUCCUACCAGACUGAUGCGCUCGCUGACGGACCGGCUUUACCGGACCAGCACUGUCCCUAUAACCUCCUGCAUUUACUGAGUCAUCUACGGCCACACGAGCCACGCAGCCCAGCCAGCAACAUCAGCACAAACACCACUAAACCUAGAGAAGUGGUUAUGAGAGUCACCACCGUCUGACUGGAGGCCUUAUGAUGGGACCCUCCAACUCUUUUCAGAACAGAGACUAGAAGCACAGCCUUGGAACUGCUGGAUUAUUUAUGACUUUCACGGAUACUGAUAACAAACAAUAUGGGUUUUUAAUUGCAUAUUCUGAGAUCUAAAGAGCAGGUUGGACAGCUAGUGAAUUUAAAGGGACAGUUCACCCAAAAAUUGACAUUCUGUCAUUCUUUGAUGUUCCGAACAUGUAUGAUGUCAUUUUAUUUCCUGUGGAACACAAAAGGAGAAUUUAUGAAGAAUCU